AUGUUUGCCAUAAAGGGGCUGUGUUACGCCGUCGUUCGCGUAGGAUCCUUACAAGGAUGUGGAAGACAGCUCCAAGCUCUGUCCUUGCUCUCCCGAACGUUUUCCAACUCAUCCUCUCCCACGGCACAUUCGGAAAAGCCCCUGAAAGAGUGGACGUUAGCAGUCAGUCCUUUUACUAAAGUCAAAUGUAAUCUACUUUGCGAUAUAUUCGUGCGUCCACUGGAUCCACAUUCCUUUCCAGAGGCAAAUCGGGCGUUCAUAACAGUUCAUGGAACCAAUGCAGAUCAAGGUCUUAAACUGGACAAUUUCUAUGUUCACUACGAGGAUCAAAGCAAUGAAUUGCACAUUGUUGCCGAGGAGGUGAAUAGUGACGUAAUCGUGGAAUUGACAGCUCCUAUUAAAAGCGACCUCCUCAUAAUGACUCGAGGACCUGGAAACGUGAAUAUCAAAAAGAUGGAAAGUGAUGUCUGCAGAGUCCAGACGGAAACAGGACACUGUGUGUUACAGUCAGUGAAGAGUCACAAAGUGGAGGUGCAGACUUCUGGAGGGAACGUCACAGGUCUUGGCACUAUUCAUGGCAAUGUAGACAUCAGCACGUCUGGAGACAGUAAUGUCAAUAUUAAAAAAAUUCAGGGCACCACCAUGAAUGUGUCCACAGAUCAAGGACAGUUGAAGGUCAAAGCCAUCUAUGCAGAGUCUACCUCAGUGUCAUCAUCGUCAGGGAAUAUCCAUCUGGGACACGUACAUGGGGAAGCCAGUGUGAAGAGUGAGACGGGUGACGUCACUGUAGAUAGCUCAAGUGGUGCUCUAAAAGUGUCCACUAACAGCGGGCUAAUAGACGCUUACAUCGGACAGGAUGGAACAGCAGACCUUCUUGCACAGCAAGGCAAUGUGAAAAUUCGAGUGCCUUCCUCUAUGAAGGGCAGAGUGCAUUUGUUUGGAAAGUCAGUGGAAAUCAGUUCAGAAAUUCCUCUUCAGGAGGCCGAACGCCACUCGACCAAUGAAAGAACUACAGUCAGAGCGCGUGUGAAUGGGGGAUCUGAUGAGGACUGCUGGAUUAAAGCCACUGCAGAGACAGGGACCAUCAGCCUCAGGACCCAGAGCUGGUUUGAGGCUCUGAGACUGGGGAGCUGAGAGUGAAAGUCCUACCCAGAUUUCCCCCCAGCAAGCUGUUUCCGGACAAAAAAUCCGAAAAAAAAAAUCAUCAGACAUCAUAGUUUUACUGCAAGUUGUUAGUACUUAAAGCACUGGGCAUAUCUUACCAUUUAAAUUUUGUAUGGAGAAGUUGAAAGUAAAUGAACUAGUAUAAUAAAAACGUAUAUAAAAGAGUCCUAUAAAAAGAGCCAAUAGAGACAACGGCAUGGAGUACAGUAGGAUAGGUAAGAACAUAUACCGCAGGACAACAUCAGUGAGACUCA